CUACUGCGCGUGCGUGGGACUGUAAACUGUCAGCGCGCUUUAAAUGUCUCUCCAGCGCGCGACCGAGCUGUUGCGAGGGGCGAUCAGAUCGGGGCCGCGCGCAGGAAAGCGGAUGACCACCAAAGAGCUGUCACGUCACGGAUCCGCAGCGAGAUGCUGAGGUGACAAGCAGAAGAGGGAACGGCACGACUCUUUUUACCCACAAUAGUCUCCCCCUUCUCCGGUUCUUUAUCUGCAACCACCAACACCGCCUCCCUCUCCCCUGUGGACGGUCCGCGCGUCAUGGCAUUCCUCUCGAUGUCGUCCUCACCGCUUCAAAACCUUGAGGAUAUUUUGUAACCACACCCGGCUGUUUGGAUCAAGCAUUGCCGAGCUGUUUAGGUGCCAUUAAGCGCGCAGAUUCAGGUCUGAAUCUCCAGAGCCGACCCAAGGUGUUGUGAGGCCUAAGGCAAAAUCCCCCCACCCCCCAAUUUAAAGGACUCUCCAUCAGUUUCCAAAUGCCCGGCCCAGUGUGAGGCUCCUGGUCAAAGGGAAGCAGUGAGGGCAGGGUCCCUGAUCCACAGACGGGGAUGAGUGGGGGAGCAGAACAAGCUGACAUCCUGAGUGGCCUCUCCCUGGUCAAGGAACGAUGGAAAGUGGUAAAGAAGAUAGGGGGCGGCGGCUUUGGGGAGAUCUACGAGGCCCAGGACCUGUUGACGCGGGGCAGUGUGGCGCUGAAGGUGGAGUCGGCCCAGCAGCCAAAACAAGUGUUAAAGAUGGAGGUCGCCGUUCUGAAGAAGCUCCAGGGUAAAGAUCAUGUGUGUCGCUUCGUGGGAUGUGGGCGCAAUGACCGCUUCAACUACGUGGUGAUGGAGCUUCAGGGUCGAAACCUGGCAGACCUGAGGAGAAGCAUGCCUCGGGGAACGUUCAGCAUCAGCACCACCCUGCGUCUGGGCCGCCAGAUCCUGCAGGCCAUCGAGAGCAUCCACUCCGUCGGCUUCCUGCAUCGGGACAUCAAACCGUCCAACUUCGCCAUGGGCCGCUUUCCCAGUACUUGUCGGACCUGCUACAUGCUGGACUUUGGCCUGGCUCGUCAGUUUACCAACUCCUGUCAGGAGGUCCGCCCUCCUCGUCCAGUCGCAGGGUUCAGGGGAACCGUUCGUUACGCCUCCGUCAACGCACACAAGAACAAGGAGAUGGGUCGCCAUGACGACCUGUGGUCUCUUUUCUACAUGUUGGUGGAGUUUUUGGUUGGACAGUUGCCGUGGAGGAAGAUCAAAGACAAAGAACACGUGGGGAAGUUGAAGGAGACUUAUGACCAUCGCCAGAUGCUCAAACAUCUGCCGGCAGAGUUCGGUGUAUUCCUGGAACACAUUUCCAGCCUUGACUACUACACCAAGCCAGACUACCAGCUGUUAAUGUCCGUGUUUGACAACAGCAUGAAAACUUACAAUGUUGUGGAAAAUGACCCUUAUGACUGGGAGCGGACCAGCACAGAUGGCACUCUAACGAUCAGUACCAGCGCCACAACACCACAGCAUCACACACGACUCACUCCUGCACAGAUGGGCAUGGUGAAUGCCUCUUUGAUCCCCGGAGACCUGCUGAGGGAGAAUACAGACGAGGUCCUGCAGGACGAGCAGCUCAGUGACGUGGAGAACAACCCCGCUCCCGAACGCGUCCUGGGUUCCCCUCACCACCAGCAUCGCAUCCAGGAGGCUGACGUCUGGGAAGAGUUAGACCGAAACCGGAAUCGGAUCAGGACAGGACACUGGAAGACUGCGGCAGAGGAGGAACAAAGCAACAACCAGGGCAAACAAGGACACCAGAGCCCCUACACAGGACUAAGUCUGGGCUCUCCUGUCAAACUGCACGCAGAGGUGGUGGCUACAGAUCGGGAUGGCCCUCUGCUGAGAAAGCUCCGCAAUAUUCACAGCUUAGAGCUGGAGAGGAGGGUGGGUCUGGAGUCAAAGUCCAGCCCAGAGCGUCUCCUGGAUAACUGUUCAGGAAAACAGCAGUUUGGCAUCCAGCACCACGGAAAGGAGGCUGCAGCUCAGGGUGAAAUUGUAACUGCUGGGGAGCGUCCUGACAGGGUCUGGCACUAUGACGAGGAGUUUCGGUCCGGAGCUGGUUCUCCUAAACCAGCUUCACCUGGGUCUUAUGAGCAGGGAGAGGGGGCGGCCAGUAGUGGUGGCUUUGUGGCGCUUAAUCUGAGCUCUGGGAGGCAGGAAAUUGACUCAAAAGAGUGGGUAAUGGUGGAGCGACCCAGUGGCUCCCCUGGAGCCAAAGCUACAACCAGCCCUUCGGAGGAGGAGGAGGAGCCAGAGGUGCUCCAACCAGAGGAACCAUCUCCUGGAUGGGAAAAGGGAAGCCCAAGCCCUAAUUCUGGCAAAGCUAAGCAAGAAAGUACUGCUUCCUCCAAAGGAAGUGCAAAAGUGGACAAGUUGGAGCUCAGUGUGGGACCUGUGGGGGCUCUGCCUCCUAUCACUCCAACCAGCCCAGCUGAAGCUCUGGCCGAGGGAAUUCUCACUCAGCUCCCCACCUCUCCUCCAUCUCUACCUGAGGAGGUCAUGGCCCGGACAUCCAGCCCCAUCCCACUGCGCUCUCCCAGUCCUCACACCCUCCUGACCACCUUGUCGGACCCGCUGCACCAGCGCCAGUCAGCAGGCUUGAGGCGCAGCCAGUCCGCCGACCAGCAGCCGCAGCAGGAUCGCCCAUCCUCUUCCUCCUCCUGCCACGCCUCCCUCCCUCUACCAACAAACCCCUCCCCCGGCGCACGCUCACCCAGUCGAAGGAAACUGCCGGCCAUCCCCGCUGGUACCGCCAAUACCAAGUUCCCCUCAGUCAUACGUAUCACCCGUGCCCAGCUUCAGCAGCUGACAGCUCAGCGUCCUUCAUGUCUGUCCUCGCAGUCGGGAUCAGACAGCGCUCCACAGUGCCUCCUUCUGGAGAGGUGUGGUGAUGCUGAAGCUGAGGCUGAGGCUCAGCAGAUCAAGGAGCUCUCAGGUGGAGUCAGCUCCCAACAGGAAUAUGUGCUCACCUAUCCAGUGACAGCAACGGACCCUCUGGCUGAAACAGUGGUGAAUGGGGAUGCUCACACCAAAGCUCAAAGCCCUGUGCCAAGCUCACCUCGCUCCCCCCGCUCGCCUCAUUCGCUUCACUCGCCUCCCCAGUUCUCUCCUCGCUCCCCUCGAAGCCCCCUGUUUACCAAUGGCUGUUCCUCCCCUCCUUGUGAUGCCCAAACUGCUGGAGCUCUCUCAAAACUAAAAGACCCUGACAAUAAUACUACCCCUACUCCAUGUGCCGAAGAGGCACAGACCAGGGAGGAUGGCAGGGGCAAUGUGAAUCUUAACCCAUCUUGCUCUUCACCUGCUGCUCCACGCAAGGACCCCAGCCGCAGACAAAGUCGCAUACCCGUGCUUGAGCCCGCCAGCCUGCUUGAGCUCCCUCCUCCAGGAUCCGCCAAGGAGAAACUUUUGCAGAAAAAAGCCAGCCACCAAGGCCCCGUCCCCUCUCCUACCGCCUCCCCAUCCCUCUCCGACCGGCGUGGUCCAGUCGUAGCGUCCCUCGUUAGGGAUCCGCUGUCGUCCACUUCCGACCGCUCUCAGGAUGAGGACUCUCUCAUGGGCUCACGCUCCGACCGCCAGGGGGACGAGGCUCCUUCUCUGUCCUCCUCCUCUAGCCCCCUCUCACGGAAGAGCAGGAUACCUCGUCCCGUUCAUUCGGCCACCUCCGCAGAGCAGCUGACCGCCCAGUUCCUGCCACGCCCACCCCCUGGAAAGCCACCGUGUCGCACCCCAGUGGAGGGCAGACUCAGGCGUUACCGCAUCAGGGCUGGCAGCACCAGUGACUCGGACCUCCUGUCAUGCAUCGCUCAGCUGAUGCAUGGCUCCCGUGGUUCCCCUCUGCACCACCGCUCCUCGCCCCAUCACGGGCCCUCCAGGAUGGGCGUCUGCAGCCUGACCAGCUCCCCGCACCACCAGCACCACCGCAGCUCCAGCGCCUCGCCACGCAGCUCCUCCUCGCUGCAGCGCUCCGUCAGCUCCUCGCCCUCCCGUCACGAGCACCGCGGCGGAGGGGGUGGGGGCUGUCUGGGCCGGUGCCACUCACCUCCCAGCUUCUCGGGGUCGCCACCUCCCCGUCGCUUCUACCUCCACCACCAGGAGACGUGUUGCAGUCGACAGGCGCGGACGAGCCCACUCCACCUGUCCAGGGGGAAGGGCUGCAGCCGAGAGGGCAAGUGCUCCAGCAAGCUGAGCAGAUAAUUUCACACCAGAUUGUAAUGCCAUAGAAAUGGAAAUAAGGAUUAAAGUAAUGAUUGGAUAGACAUCAGUCAGAAUAAAAGCCUGAGUCUUCCUGUUCAAUCAGUAAAAUACCUUGUUUCCCUUCUGUGUUAUUAGUUUGAGACCUGCUCUUCUUCCAAGCGUUCUUCUCCUCCCGUGUUUGCACACAGGGUUUGUCUAACCUUCCAGAUGUUUUGACUACUUUAUAACUAAAAUAUCACCUUUCAUGUCAAUUCCAUCUUUCAAACUGAGCCUCACUGGUAUAAGUAACGAGACAAAAAAGUUGCAUCAGGAUCCUCCUUUUAUGUCCGCCAUAACAUCGACUAAAGCUGUGUCUUUAUCAUGCUGCAGGCAGUAAUAUAAUGUAGAACAAUAGCUUAGUUGAGCCUCUAACUUUGCUCUAUCCUGUACUUUGAUAUACUCUGAUCAGUUAUAACAUUAUAACCACUGGCAGGUGACAUGACAGCUGUUACUGGGUGGGAUAUAUCAGGCAGCAAGUAAAUAUGUUGCCCUCAAAGCUGAAGGGAGGCAGGAAAAACUGCCAUGUGUGAGGAUCUCAGCGAGUUUGACAAGAGCCAAGUUGUGCUGACUAGACAACUGGGUCUGUAUUUCCAUAGCUGAUGCUCUUUUAGGUUGUCAGCAGUCUGCAGUAGUCAGCAUUAAUCAAACGUGGUCCAAGGAGGGAGCAAUGGUGAAUCUACGAAAAGGGUCAUGAUCAGUCAAGGCAGAUGCAUCUGGGUGGCCUGUGUGGUUCAUGUGUUCUGAUCCAGCAAAUUAGCUACUCCAGCUUGAUUUGCUUAAGAAGAUCGGGCUGUUUCUGAUGCAAUGGUGGUUUUGUUGUGCAUGCGGCAGCCUGUACCACCCACCACAGCAUGAUGCUGCCAACACCAUGUUUGCCGACCUGUAUCCACUGCUGAAAGAACCAACAAUGGCCAGGUUGGCAUGGAAGAAGGUGGUCUGGUCUGAUUAAUCACCUUUUCUUUAAGAUCAACAUUGAAAGCCAGGUGUGUGCGCAACGCUUACCUGGGGAACAGGUGCGAUCAUAGACAUGAGCCAUGUGGGCAGUUGCACAGGGUGGCAUUCAUGCAACAACCGGCACUGCCUAGGAACACAUGGGACCAGGAUUCCCUGUUGGAAGAAGGCAAAAGAGGAGAUGAUCCACUGGGAAAUUUUGGGUCCUCCCAUCCACGUGGUUAGUACUCUGGCAGACACCAUCUACCUAAGCGUUGUUGCAGACCAUGUACACCCUGUCAUUGAAGUGAUGAUCCCCGGUGGCUUUGGUCUCUUUCAGCAGCCUACAUCAGAACCAACCUAUUCCAGGAAUGGUGGUGUUGACUUAACCUCCAAUUUCCCCAGAGCUCACUGCAAUCAAACUAUUUUUGAAUGUCCUGGACCAAAAGGGUCCAGUCCUCAUCUCACAACUUAGAGGACCUAAAAUAUCUGCUAGCAUGUUGGUCCUGGAUACCCUGGAGUCCAAUCUUCGAUGGGUCAGGGCUGUUUGGCAGCUAAAGAGGGACCAACCCUCUUUUCGGGCAGGUGGUUAUAAUGUUAUGCCUGAUUUGGUGUUAGUAGCAGUUUAAUCCUCAGUUUUUAUGCACUUGGGAAUUGCAGUGUAGUUCACUGCAUCGCAAUUAAGAAUUAGCCUCAGUUGUGCUUUUGGAGGCUGCAGCAGGGUAUAAUAGUUACUUUUUGCUAAAUUAAGCUAUACUUUGUUCAAUUUUUUUAUUGAAGUAUUUGUUGUAAAGCUGCUUCAAAGCUCUGCCCCCAGAUGUGUGACCGUCACAUUAGUUUUAAGUGUUUAAUUGAAGGGAUCACUGAGUGGCCCUCUAUACAAUCAGUCGUGUAAAGUGCGUGACGACGCGCUCUGUUUUGUGCCUACUGUGAUGCUGUGAGGUUAUCUUGAGAUCUCUAAGACAGGAAUAAGUGGAUCAUGCUUUUGUUUCCAGUGGUGAAUGUUGACGUAGCCUGAACAGCAUACGGUGCAUUAGUGGUGUGUAAUGCACAGACAAAGAUGUUUGUCUCAGCAUGUGCCUUGGCACUUUGGGCAGCUUAAAGAUUCACUCUCAAGUGAGUGUAAUUUGGGGAAUAAAAGGCCAAAAAGACUUGUGCCAGCACUUAAAAGAUGAACCUUUUCAUUAAUCUUCAUUUCUAUAAACAAGGUAGCAAGACAAACAUUUUUUAGAUUUUGGACAAAGUAGCUCUUACUCUUUAAAAAAAAAAAAGGGGGAAUAUUUUUAGGUUUCAGUGGUGCUGUGCAUGUGUGGCUCGCAGUUUUUGGCAAAAACAAAAGCAACCUCAAAAAACCUCUCAUAUUACACAAAAUCUAGGCCAUAUAAACAUGCAUUUCACAAAACAAGAGAAUGCUUUAAGUCUCCAUGUCGAAGUGUUUUGUAUCCCUGCACUGAAGAUCGAUCAUGCCUGAUGUUUCAGUUUUAUCUUUGCUCAGACUCCAGCCCCUCUGCUCAUAUGAUACUGCUAGCCAACUUCAACUCCCUUCACCUGCUACUCUUUGAAUGCCAAGAAAACACAUACAGAUACACCAGCUGCUGAUUAAAAAGCUGCACAAAGCAUUGAAUCACGUGGUAUUUUUAUUUUACCAAAAUGAGAAAAAGAUAAAUAAAUUGAAUUUCUGUGACCCUGUGUCUUUGCGCCUGCUGUCCUGAUGUGGGUCGGUUGUGUUGCUGCUACAGUGCCUUGUAAAAGUACUGACACGCCUUAAACUUUUUCACAUGUUGUCACAUUGCAAUCACAAACUAACGUAUUUUAUUAGGAUUUUAUGUGAUGCAACAAAGUAGUGCAUCAUUGUGAAGUGGAAGGAAGUGGUACACUGUUUUCAACAUCUCUGCAAAUGAAAGGGUGAAGAGUGUUACGUGCAGUUGUGUUAAUACUGCGUAGAACCAACCUAUGACUGCAGUUACAGCUGCAAGUGGUUCUGGCGAUGGAAGUUUUGGUCCAUCCUUUUUAGCAAAGCCCCUCAAAAUCAGUUAGAUUACAUGGAGAGUGACUGUGAACAUACAUUUUUUAAAGUCUCAACUGGAUUUAGGUCUGGACUUUGACUGGGCCAUUCUAACAAAUGAAUAUGCUUAGAUCUAAACAUUCCAUUGUAGCUCUGGCCCAGUGUCCAGUCUUUUGCAACCUUUUAAUUGUUUUCCCACCUGAAUUGCUCUGGAUUUACCUCAUUCCUUUUAUCCACCCAUCAAAUAUGACCAGUGUCCCUGCUAAAAACAAGGAUCCCCACAGCAUGAUGCUGCCACCAUCAUGGUUUAACACGGAGGCUGUGUUACAACAGCAGACCUCAAGGCAUUAUAUUUGGAUUUUAUGUGAUUUUAUUUGACUUCCAUUUGUUUUCACCCCCUAUUUAUUCUGAUACCCCUAAAUCAAAUCCAGUGCAACUGAUGUCUUCUGCACAGAACCCUAAAGGCGUGACAAAGUGUGGAAAGGUUAAAUUAGUAUGAAUAUUUUUGCAAGGCACUGUAAGGUUUACUGUUUUUACCAGUGAAUCUCUCUAAUCUGAUGCGCAAAAUGGAGGAAUAGACUAGUCUUGUAAAGUCCUAUAUCAUGGAAUAUUUGAUGGGACGCUGCUGUGCAUAAGGACAAAGAAAACAAUGAUAUUGCUAAAUAUUUUUGAUGGAUUUGAUGAGCUGUGGCGUGUAAAAACAGAUGAACCUACUUUGUAUACAGAUGUGAAAUGGGCCUCAUUUGACUCACGCAGAUUAAUCUCACCAAGCAGAUCUGAUAACACAUCCUGAAGGCGGGCAGCGUUCAGUCAGAAAAGCCUUAAUGCCUCUUCCUUGCCCCUCUGUGCAUAUAGCGAGGGAUGACUGAGCCUUGUCUAUGCUGGAGAUCAUUUCACCACUAGAGCAAAAACCCAGAGAAUUCCUCUCUUCUAUGCUGUCCAUAAAAGGCACCUGCUACCAUCCCUCUGAGGUCCAGAAAAAAGCAAACGUAUGCACCACCACCUUGAAAUGUACCAAUGUUUUACAAAUUAAACAACAAAACUUGGGGAGAGUUGGUCAAACUCCAGGGCGUGUGUUUGCAUUGUUGUAAACAAAACGAUUUUUUUUACUUCAAAUCUGUGAACUGUCCCGUGUCAACUCACCGACAUCAAGAUAUCCUCAGCUUUUAAAAUUCAUUACGCAGACUUUUAAUAGCUACCUGUAAGAUAUUUAAAGUCAUAUUUAAAUAAAAAACAGUGUUGUAAAAAAAACAAUAACUUAUAUGCUUCAGUGAGAGGAAGGAACAGAUGCUAAACCAUGCUGCUGGUUUUUAAUGAUAAUCAGAUUUCUUCAUAGCUUUUAUUAUUAAUACACAGAAGUGGUGUGUGUGUAGUCGUAGUGUUAGUGUUUCCGUCGAGGUUAGAUUUCCUUUGUCACUUUUGAAAGUGGCUCGCAGGUAGAGGUGUGAUAUUUACUGUAGCCUUUGUUUUGCUAUUAGUGGUCCCUUCUACGCACAGAGCAAAAGAACAAAUGGAUCUGUUCUUGUUUUUCUUUAUUUCUUUUUAAAAAGUGUGAGAAAAGAAAACGCUGCUCAUGCCAUAACAUUGGAAUACUUGUCAAUGACUUAAAAAUGCUUGACUUGAAUUUAUUUAAUGUGACAUUUGCCCCAACAUUAUUUUGAAUUUAAAAAUCUGGAUUGUUUUUUAUUUUUAAUGUUUGAUCAUUUUCUUUUUUCAGUGUUAUUGUCAUAGUUUUGAAAUAUUACUGUACAGCAUCGAGAACAGAAUGUAAGUGGGGGUUUGCAUUGUAUAUACCUGUAAUUAUUUAUGUUUGAUAUUUUCUUUGUAUCAUAAAUGCCUUGUACAGUGUUUCUUUUUUCUUUUUUGUUCGUUUUAGAAUUAUUUUGUAUUUUAUUUUUAUAAACUGGUUAUGAAUAAAAUACUCAUUCCGCAUGCAGACAUUCUUGUUUAGGAUCCUUGGCGCUAGACGAAGAAAUAAUUUAUACAACGCUGCUGAUGUUGUGUAGAAUGUAAAUAAAAACCUUACAGUAAAUCACUGGAUAACAUGUAGA